AUGUCUGCUGAACCAGAACAUCCUACUGGACUCUUUAACCCAGGACACGCUGAUGUUGCGGACCUCCCACCACCAGUGCAUAUCUACACCAUACCUCUUAAUCUUCGUUACCUUGUUACUCUUGACUUGCGCGUGCUUCAACAGCGAAUUACCACCGCAGAUGAUCUACGUGAAUUCCUCAAGUGCUUCUAUCACACGAUCCCCCACCUUCGCCAUGCUACUAAGCCUGAACUUAUCGGCUGCUUCAUGUAUUACAUCCUUCCGAUCCUUCAAGCACCCAAAGUCUACGAUGAAGCGCGCGGUAUCAUAUACAGCUUCGAUGUCCCCUUUCAGAUCGAGCUUGCACCUGAACCCGUGGCCGGUAACGCUGGUAAUGAUGGUCACAACGGUGUGGCUACGCUUUUCGACACAUCCAAAGAUAACAUUGAUAUCACCGUGACCUGA